AUGCCAAACAGUUGUCUGAGUAUACCACCAAUGGUUCCAGCUUUUGAGCAUGAGGGCCUUUUUGCUCCCCGAUGCAUAUGGGUGAACGGACCGGUCAUAGCUGGGGCUGGUCCAUCGGGUUUAGCCGUUGGUGCUGGCCUUAAAGAACAAGGAGUGCCUUUCAUUAUCCUUGAACGGGCAAACUGCAUUGCCUCUCUAUGGCAAAACCACACGUAUGAUCGCCUCAAGCUUCACCUCCCCAAACAAUUCUGUCAACUACCCAACUUCCCAUUCCCAGAGUACUACCCGGAAUAUCCUACCAAAUAUCAGUUUGUCGAUUACCUAGAAUCAUAUGCGGAACACUUCGAUAUAAGCCCACAUUUCAAUGAAACGGUGCAGUCUGCUAAAUAUGAUGAUACUUUUGGUUUGUGGAGAGUCCAAACAAUUAGAAAAACCAGUUCAAACCCUUUUGAUCAAGUUGAGUACUUUUGCCGGUGGCUCGUGGUUGCCACUGGUGAGAAUGCAGAGAAAGUGGUGCCGGAGUUUGGGGGCUUGGAAGAGUUUGGUGGCCAUGUCAUGCAUGCUUGUGACUACAAAUCCGGCGACAGCUAUAGUGGGAAACGUGUACUUGUUGUUGGUUGUGGGAAUUCAGGCAUGGAAGUCUCCCUCGAUCUUUGCAAUCACAAUGCAGAACCAGCAAUGGUUGUUCGAAACUCGGUUCAUGUAUUGCCAAGGCAAAUUCUGGGAAAAUCAACUUUUGAAUUAGCAGUUUUGUUAAUGAAAUGGCUGCCACUUUGGCUUGUGGAUAAGAUAUUGCUGAUUCUUGCGUGGUUCAUUCUUGGGAAUGUGGAAAAAUAUGGUCUGAGAAGGCCAUCGAUAGGUCCUUUACAGCUAAAAAACACUUCAGGAAAGACCCCUGUGCUGGACAUUGGUGCCUUGCAGAAAAUUAGAUCUGACGAGAUCAAGGUGGUCCCUGGAAUUGAAAGGUUCUUUCCCGGCAAAGUUGAAUUUGUUAAUGGAGAGGAUUUGGAGAUUGAUUCUGUUAUUCUGGCAACUGGGUAUCGCAGCAAUGUUCCUUCAUGGCUAAAGGAAUAUGAGUUCUUUUCCAAGGAUGGACUUCCAAAAGAUCCAUUUCCAAAUGGGUGGAAAGGUAAAGCUGGGCUCUAUGCAGUUGGUUUCACAAGGAGAGGUCUCUCUGGUGCAUCUUUGGAUGCCAUUAGCGUGGCAAAUGAUAUUGCCAGGAGCUGGAAAGAAGAAACAAAGCAGAGAAAGAUAUCUAUUGCAUCUCGCCAUAGGAGAUGCAUUUCCCAUUUUUGA